AUGAAGACUCCACCAAGAUUACCAUCGUUUACAGGCAUUUUCACGAACUAUUCAACAUCUAUCGAUCUGAACGCCACGACGCCUUUAGCCACCUGCACUGGCUCGGUCACGUACUAUGGUACGGUACCUCCUACUGUCUAUGUUACUGUCACAGAAGGCUUUGAUGUCACUGUGACCGCCAGUAAUGUUUCCGUGACGGAUACCCCUACACUGAUCACUCCUUUACCAGCCUGCUCAGCGACGAUUAUGCCCAUGGACCAGUCUUUCAUUCCUCUUAUGAGCACCAUCGCCUCAACCAACACGAAUCCGAAGGUUCCGCUGGUCGCGAGCGCAUCGAGGCCUUUGAUGUCACCUAACGCGACACCUGCGAUUGUUUCAGCUCCUCCGGACUCUCCGUUCGGAGCCCCGGCGCCCGCAUCUUCGUCCGAGGUCUAUUCUAGUGUCGAUUAUACUAGCACUGUUGUUGUCACCAAAAAGACACCAGUGACUGUGGUCGUGCCACCGACGAGCUCACUGGACAUUAAUUUCAACUUCCCCACUCAGACCCCGACUCCCUCCCCGAAUAGUGGCGGUGGUACUAAUGAUGGCUCCAGCGGUAACAAUGGCGGCAGCAACAACAAUGGGGACAGCAGUGGUGGCAGUAGCAAUGGCGGGGGCAACAACAACGGGGGCAGCAGUGGUGGCAGUAACAACAAUCAGCCUGGCAAUGAUGGAAGCAACAAGGGUAAUUCUGGCGGCGGUAGUGGUGCGAGCAAUGGUGGCAGUGGAAACACUGCAUCUUUCUCGCCCGAUGCCUUCGCUUCUAUUCAAAGUCCAGGUUCGACUGGAGGGUCACUAGUGGUCAACACCGACACACCAACAACACUAGGCCUCGGUAACAUCAUUGCUUCGAUCAUCAAUUCACCCUUCAUAGCUCCUUCGCCAGCUACUGCUGUCCCGGGGCCCGCCGCCACACCUCUGACAACCUCGCUCGGCGGCGUACCUGUUGUCGUUUUGCCGUCCAACAGCGUGGCAAUCGGUAGUCAAACCUUCGCGAUUCCCAAUCUGGCACCUACUACGGUACAGGUUUCUGGUGUCGUUUUUACUCUUCAGCCUUCUCAGAUCGUGGCUCCUUCUGCCACCAUCACGCUGGUCCAGGCUCAACGAGAGCAAUUGGUGACUCCCGUGGCCACGGGCACGAUUACCACGACCGUGGGUGACUUGACACUUACCGUUGGACCCACAGCGGCGAUCAUAUCUGGAACGACAUACAGAAUUGGAUCAGGCGCGCCAGCCACUACCGUCACUGUCGAAGGGACGCGCAUCUCGGUUGGCGCCGGCGGGGUUGGACUACCCAGCACAACUGUAGCUCCUGGUGGCGUAACGGCCGCGCCUUUUGUGAUAUACACAACGGAGGGUCUGACUUUUUCAGUCGGGAGCACUGUGGCUAUUGUUGGUGGGACCACCUACCGUGUUGGCUCAAAUGCGCCUGAAGUGACUGCCACCCUUGGCCGCGAGCAUGUGACAGUGUCAUUCGGUCCAUUGGGAGUCGGGCUGGCCAGCACUACCCUUGCGCCAGGCGGCUCACCGUUUGUGGUUGUUACCGCCGAAGGCUUAACGUUCUCCGUCGGUGGCACUGAAGCAGUUAUCAGCGGCACGACUUACCGCAUAGGGCCGAAUGCUCCUCAAGUGAUAACGAGCCUGGGCUCCGGUCACUCGUCGGUUUCGUUUGGACCCGGCGGGGUUGGUCUGAAGUCGACCACCAUCGUCCCUACCACGGCCGUGUCGCACUCGACACAGACAGCGAGGACUGUGUCAAGAUCAACAUCCGCCACCGCGUCUGCAACACAGUCCGCAGCACUGGACAAUAAUGCAUCAACCCAGGCUCAUGUCUCUGUCUCUGGCCUCGCUGGGUUGACUUUGCUUGCUAUGCUUCUUCUCUUGCUUGUUAUCUAA